AUGCGGUCAUUAUUAUCAGUCCUUCAGCGGACUGCUCCAGCAGCUUGGUCCCUUCCAAUCCGCGGGGCGCGAAACAGCGCACCUGCAUGGAAGGUGGACUCCAUCUGCACGAGAUGCCGGCAACAGCAGAAGCGUCAAUUCUCGAAAUCGCGCCAGUUGACCGAGAGUCUGUUGAACGUCGAUCAUCCAGCAAAACUCGUACGGGUCAACCAGAAGCAUGGACCCGGCUUGAUUAUUCUUGCUCUGAUCCCAAUCAUCGCCUUCGGCCUGGGCACAUGGCAAGUUCAGCGCUUGGACCGGAAGACAAAGAUGAUCGCCAAGUUUGAGGACCGUCUGAUUAGGCCUCCGCUUCCGCUGCCGCCUCGAAUUGACCCCGAUGCGAUCUCCGAAUUUGAUUACCGCCGUGUCUACGCUACUGGUCAUUACCGUCACGACAAGGAGAUGCUGGUUGGACCUCGCAUGAAUGAGGGCGAAGAUGGAUUCCUGGUUGUGACGCCUCUUGAACGUGGAGAUGGUCAAAGCACGGUGCUGGUCAACCGGGGCUGGAUCUCUCGGAAGUUGAUGAACCAGAAGGACCGACCGGAGGGGUUGCCACAGGAAGAAAUUACGGUGGAAGGAUUGCUACGCGAGCCAUGGAAGAAGAAUAUGUUCACGCCAGAGAAUAAACCCGAGGAGGGCAAGUUCUACUUCCCCGAUAUCGAGCAGAUGGCUGAGUUGGGAGGCAGUCAGCCUGUGUGGAUUGAAGAGACUAUGGUACCGGAUCUGCUGGAGACGUAUGAUCGCAUCGCAAAGGGACGGCCUCUUGGUCGUGCCGCGGAAGUCAACUUGAGAAACAACCACGCCCAGUACAUCUUCACUUGGUACGGAUUGUCCCUUGCCACUUCCAUCAUGCUGUGGAUGGUGGUACGCAAGAAGCCCAAUGAUGCUCUGCGUCGGGUGCGCCAGAACCGUAACUGGUCAUAG